AUGAAGACUCUCUCGAUUCUCGUCGGCGUUGGCGCUGCCGUCACAGUCGCCCAAACUACUUUCCCUAAUGGGUUUCCCCAGUGCGGAAUUACCUGUGUUCAGAACAUGCUGAACCAGGCAUCCGAACUUGGUUGCGAAAGCGCUGCCCCCUCGUGCCUUUGCACCAAACAGAACUUCAUAUACGGAGUUAGAGACUGCGCUACGGAGUCGUGCCAGGACCAAUCCAUUGCCCAGCAGGUCAUCCAGUACGGCAGUCAAUACUGUGCUGAUGCUGGUGUUGUUAUCUCUGGAUAUCCUGGUGCUACUGGCGGAAACUCUGCAUCAACCACCGUUAUUGCAACGGCUUCUGCUACCGAUACCGCGAAUGCUUCCGGAUCGGGCAGCUCGGGCUCAUCCACCGAAAAUGGAGGAACUGGAAUCAGUGUCACUGGUUCCAAUGGCGAACCUUCAAUUUCCACUAGCUUCUCCGGUGGUUCAGUCCCUAUCCUGACUACAACCUUUGAGAGCACCAUCACCAUGAGCGAUAUGACCAUGACAUCUUCGAUCACUAGUACCGUUUACUCCCUCACUGGAACCGCUGCAUCUGAGUCGGGCGCUUCUGGCACUGAAUCUGGAUCUCUUACUACGGGCGUGACCGAGUCCUCGUUCACUUCUAACGGCUCGACCUUGGUGACCAGCGUCACUACCACGGGACCAGCAAGCAGUGAAGCCACGGAGACUUCUACCGGUGGCGAAUCCGCUACCGAAACCAGCGCCGAGGCCCCUUCGUCCACCUCGAACCCUGCCGCUCAGUACACUGCGGCACCAGUUGGCUUGAUUGCCGCUGCUGGUCUAGCCGCCCUGAUGUUGGGUGGAGUUUCGGUACCUGAUGAGAAGCAGGGCAUCUAG